CCGGACAGGAAACCCCUCGAAAAUGAAACCCAACGAAAACAGUUUUUUUAACGCAUGCGCACACGCACUGGAACCAUCUUACUGUAUCCGAGACGCCUAGGCAUUUUGAGGACACGACUUUGUUUGAGGGUAACUUUCUUGGACAGUAGUGAUCUAGGACAGAGGAACACCUAGAGCCUAGCUGGUGUCUAACAUUUACAGUUGAAGAUGUUGAGCUACAUGAUCAUCUGCUCUACACUUCUCAUGACCGCUGUAACGGUCCGAGCACAAUGUGAGAGACCUGAUUUUGGGGAAAACCGGAUUUUGACUGAAGACCAACAGACUUUUCCUGAUGGAUCCACUGUAAAGUUCCAAUGUUCCACUGGUUAUGUUCCUGUGAAAUCAUCAGCUUCCAGAUCAAUCACCUGUACUGGAUCCCAGUGGAGCGAACUCGAACUUCAAUGCAAAAAAAGACCCUGUGGAAGUCCUGGCGAGAUUCCCAAUGGACAGUAUAGAUAUCAACCUACAGACGGAAUUUCGUUUGGUGCAACCAUCACAGCAGAGUGUAAUGAAGGUUAUAUGCUUGUUGGACCACAAACGAGAAAUUGCAGAGAAAAUGGCUGGGAUGGGAGAGCUCCUAUAUGUGAAGUGACGAAGUGUACAAAGCCUCCCGGUAUAACAGAUGGCACUUUUGAACCAGAGGAUGACUCAUAUGAUUAUGGACACGCAGUCACAUACUCUUGUAACAGAGGUCUUGAGCUUAUUGGACUUCCAGAAUUAACCUGCUCUAGUGAUGGAACUUUUCAGCCUUCUCCUCCUCGGUGUCUGCUUGUGUCCUGUGAGAGACCGGAAAUCCCAAACGCAGUUAGAACUGAAGGAAAAUCACCACCUUAUAAAUAUAACAACUUUGUCCGCUACCGGUGUAAUAAAGGCUACAGAAUGAAUGGGUCUGAUUACCUGACCUGUACGGAAGAUGGGUGGAAUCCACCUCCUCCUCAGUGCAAUGUUAUUACGUGCCUAAAACCUCCUGAUAUAAAGAAUGGAACAUUUAACCCCCAGAAGACGUUAUAUGAAUAUGGAGAAACAGUCACAUGGUCUUGUAAUCAAGGUUUUAGACUUGGUGGAGCUUCAACAAUAUCAUGUACUGAUAAUGGAACAUUUGAGACGUCUCCCCAAUGUCUGGAUAUCACCUGUGAUUCACCAUCUGUCCCAAAUGCCGUUGUCAGUGGAAGCUCACCUUACAGAUAUGGUGUCUCAGUCCAAAUCGUGUGUAAUGAAGGCUACAGAAUAGAGGGGUCUAAUAAGCUGACCUGUGCAGAAAAUGGAUGGACUCCAUCUCUCCCUCAGUGUAUCGAUAUCACCUGUGAUUCACCAUCUGUCCCAAAUGCCGUUGUCAGUGGAAGCUCACCUUACAGAUAUGGUGUCUCAGUCCAAAUCGUGUGUAAUGAAGGCUACAGAAUAGAGGGGUCUAAUAAGCUGACCUGUGCGGAAAAUGGAUGGACUCCAUCUCUCCCUCAGUGUAUCGAUAUCACCUGUGAUUCACCAUCUGUCCCAAAUGCGGUUAUCAGUGGAAGCUCACCUUACAGAUAUGGUGUCUCAGUCCAAAUCUUGUGUAAACAAGGCUACAGAAUAGAGGGGUCUAAUAAGCUGACCUGUGCAGAAAAUGGAUGGACUCCACCUCCUCCAAAGUGCAGCAACGUGAUCUGUGAUAUACCUCAAAUUGAACAUGGAUAUAUUAACAGCACAGCAGAAUAUUUUGUAUAUAAAUCAUCGGUCCGGGUCCACUGUAACCAGGGAUACAAGACGGAAGGGUCUGAUUACCUGACCUGUGAGGAAAAUGGAUGGAAUCCACCUCCUCCACGGUGCCACUUAAACGUGAUCUGUGAGAGACCUCAAAUUGAACAUGGAUAUAUUAACAGCACAGAAAAAUAUUUUGUAUAUAAAUCAUCGGUCCAGGUCCACUGUAACCAGGGAUACAAGAUGGAAGGGUCUGAUUUCCUGACCUGUGGGGAAAAUGGAUGGAAUCCACCUCCUCCACGGUGCCACCUAAGUACUUAUAUUUGGAUCAUUUUAAUUCUCAUAGGACUGCUGGCUUUAGGUUGUGUCAUUUUCUACUGCUACAAGAAAAAUAGAAAAAGUAAAGUACCUAAAGUCUGUUCCGAACCUGAAAACUGUUCUCUGGUCAAUUUGUCCUUCUUCGAUCAUACAACAGAGGACUCUUCACCAAAAGGCAUGUACUGAUUGAAACCCAUACACAUCCCAGAGUCUCUCCAGCAACGGAAUCUGGCCAAGAUUUGGUUGAGUGUCCAGACACCUUGUUUUAAGGGUAACUUUCUUGGACGGUAGUGAUCUAGGACAGAGGAACACCUAGAGCCUAGCUGGUGUCUAACAUUUACAGUUGAAGAUGUUGCGCUACAUGAUCAUCUGCUCUACACUUCUCAUGACUGCUGUAACGGUCCGAGAAAAAGACUGUAUGAGUCCUGACUGGAUUACAAAUUGAAAAUAUAUAUUUCAGUAUCCAGGGGAAACUUUGCUUGGAGCAACAAUCACAGCAGAGUGUAAUGAAGGGUAAAAAUUGUUUAUCCAUAUUUGGUUCUGCACACAUGUAUCUGCACAAUAAUAGUGAAUAAACAGACUGUGGGUAAAUAAGCAGACUAUGUAAUGUAUACAAACUAUACUGCACUACUACAAAAGUUUGGAUACUUUUAAAAUAAAAUUGUUUCCCGAAACGAGCAGCCUUCGUUUAGAACAUAGGAGAAGCAGUUAAGAAGAAUUUUAAUAAAAGCCUCCUGGGUGAAGCUUCUCAUGAAGGUGGUUGAGAAAAUGCCAAGAGUGUUGAUCACCACAUAAUUCCAUAUUUGUGUUUAUUCAUUGUGAUAAUGUCUUAAUGUCUUUAUCCAACUUUUACCUGGUGGUGUAAAAUCAAAAGUGUUGCAGAUAAUACAAAGAUAAGACUAUAUGUUAAUACACCUAAUGCAGCUUUUUGACAGUCUGCUUGUCAUUAUUGGGAGGCCAUCAAAGUUGAACAGACACGUCCUUUCAGUUCAUUAUUUGAAAGAAGAUCUAAAGGAAAACACUACUCCAUGAUGCUUCAGUCUUUACUUAAUACAUAUAUGAAAGCCCCAGUUCUGCUGAAGAAAAGCAGCCCUAAAGCAUGAUGCAGCCACUACCAUGCUGCUUCUUUGGAAAUUGGAAUUUUUGGAAUCUCAUCAGAUCAUAACACAUUUUUCCACAUGGUUUGGGGUGAUUUAGUUGGGACUGGAUUUUUUUGUGAGAUAGGACUUCUGUAGCCACCCUACCCCAUAGCCCAGACAUGUGAAGAAUACGAGAGAUUCAGAUAUUCCUACAGCUCCUUUAAUGUUUCCAUAUGUCUCUUUUCAGACUCCCUGUGAUUAAGUAUCCAAAGCCUCAGGGUAUCAGAAAUGGAGCCUUUGGACCAGAGAUAGACAAACAUAAUUACGGAUAGAUUGUCACAUACUUUUGUGAGAGCGGACUUAAACUUAUUGGACCUUCACUGUUACAAUGCUCUGGUGAUGGAAAUUUUCAUCCUUCUCCUCCUCGGUGUCAGCGGUAACUUUCUUGGACAGUAGUGAUCUAGGACAGAGGAACACCUAGAGCCUAGCUGGUGUCUAACAUUUACAGUUGAAGAUGUUGCGCUACAUGAUCAUCUGCUCUACACUUCUCAUGACUGCUGUAACGGUCCGAGAAAAAGACUGUAUGAGUCCUGACUGGAUUACAAAUGGAAAAUAUAUAUUUCAGUAUCCAGGGGAAACUUUGCUUGGAGCAACAAUCACAGCAGAGUGUAAUGAAGGAUAUUUGCUUGUUGGUGAACCAACUAGAUAUUGCAGAGAAUAUGGUUGGGAUGGGAGAGCUCCUGUAUGUGAAGUGAUUAAGUGUCCAAAACCUCAGGGUAUCAGAAAUGGAGCCUUUGGACCAGAGAUAGACACAUAUAAUUAUGGACAGAUUGUCAGAUACUUUUGUGAGAGCGGACUUAAACUUAUUGGACCUUCACUGUUACAAUGCUCUGGUGAUGGAAAUUUUCAUCCUUCUCCUCCUCGGUGUCAGCAGACCUGUGAUAUACCUGAGAUAAACAAUGGCUAUGUUUGGCUACGUCAACUUUUUUUGUAUAUAACUCAUCAGUCCAGGUCCAAUGUAACAUUGGAUACAAGAUAGAAGGGCGUAAUUUCCUGACCUGUGAGGAUAAUAGAUGGAAUCCACCUCCUCCACAGUGCCACUUAAUUGGUCUUGUUUGUGGUGGUUGCUGCUUCUUCUACUACUGCUGCUGCUGGAAGAAACGAACGAUUCAACUUGAUUCCAAACCAUAAGACGAUUCUGUAGUUCUCCACCAUUUAUAGACCAGAGGAAUCUUCACCAAAAAGCAUGUACUGACUGACUGAGACCCAUACACAUCCCAGAGUCUCUCCAGCAACCUAAUUUGAUCAAGAUUGGGAUGACAACUUGCUUUACGAUACUGAAUAACCUUAGCAUUUAUGUACAAAUAUGUAUGGUGGCCAACCAUCAAGGGAAGUCCCACAACGCCAUCGAGUCACCGGAUUAACUUUACGUCCUAUAAAGGAAGCCAGCUUACCGGCAAGAAGGGGAGAAACGGCAAAGCUCAGUGUUCUCCUCUUGGAUUAUACAAGCAAUUACUUUUUCAUGUUGCCUUGCCUGAUCUUGCCUGUGAUCAUUUUCGUCGCAUUGAGGAAUUAUCGGAAGUUGUGCAUUAUUUUCCUUUUCUGAGUCACAGAACAUCAGUGCUUCUCACGAGCUCCCAGACUGAGGCGUGUUACCGGUGAGGCCGUUCCGACACAUACACUCACCCACGCUACCCUGGACCUUUACUGACAAUUCAAACGCACUCACACAGUUUUGUACAUUGUCUAUAAUUUGCUGUUCUCUGUAUUUUCUUUAACUUUUUGUAUAAUACAGUUUGGGUUUUAGCAGA